AUGUCUUUUUUUCGCGAUAAGGAAUUCGUCCUGAGCUUUCCUGGCAAUAGAGGGAACCUAAAAGAAAGACUUUUAUAUUGUCGCUUUUGCAAUGACCUGCGGUACUACAACUCCAAUCUUAUUCAAGUCGAAGUCGACUCGCAUUACUGUAUGCACGCGCUGGACAAUGUUCCGACUACAGAGGCGAUUAUGAAGAAGAACAGAUCUAGAUCGUUUUGGCAAUGCCCUGCGUGUCCAUCUGUCCUCACUCAGAAACAGUCGUGGGUGAUUGAAGAAAAUCCAGAGAAGCCGGAAGAACCGUUUCAGCGAAAAACGCAUUUUAUGCAGUGCCCAUUUUGUCACUGGUCGACCCGAGAUGUUGGUAUUCCAGAUGCUCCCACGGCCGGUUCUUGGCCGGAGAAAGAAAAUCUCAAUCAGGUGAGUCUUCCAUGA